AUCCAUCAUCGAUCUCAGCAACAUAUAUAUAUACACACACAGAGAUAGUGAAAAAAAAAAGGCCAUGGGAGAUCAUCAUCAUGAUUUCUUCAACUCAGGAAGCUGGUGGAAAGUAUCUUCUUCUUCUAAUUCAACAUCUACUUCAUCUUCCAUGAGAGCAAGCUCAAUUGAAUCUGGUGGUUCAGCUGUUUUCCAUGAUCAUAAGCUUCAUCAUCAUCAUUCAUUAGCUACUGAUCAUCAUCUACAAAUGAUUGGUUUAGGGCUUUCUUCACAAUCUCCAGUUGAUCAAUGGAACCAAUCUCUCUUAAGAGGAGAUAGUAAAGCGGAGACAAGCUUUGGAGUGAUGCUUCAUCAAGAGAAUCUCAAUUUAGAUGCUGCGACUUCAAACGCAAACGCUAACACAACGUCAUCAACAUCGUCGUACCAGCUUCAAGAAUCUGAUUCCUCUCACCACCACCAAGCUCUGUGGCGAGAUCCAACACAGAUCAAUAACAACAACAGCGAUUACAAACCGCAGAACAUGACGAGCAGCAAUCGCGGUUUCUUCUUGGAUCAUCAGUUUAGUCCUCACGGUAGCUCAAGCACCGACAGUAGCACAGUGACGUGUCAAGGUUUUGCUGUUGACAACUCUUCCAUGUACGCAGCAGCAACUCCAAACUCCUCUUCAGCUAUGUUUCAUCACCAUCAUCAUCAAGCAGGUGAGUUUAAUAACUUGCCUGGCUCUUCCGAUCAACAACCGUCGUCGAGGAGUCAUCAGCAAUCGAAUCUUGGUUACUCUCAGUUCGGUUCUUCCACCGGAAACUACGACCAGAUGGCUUCGGCUUUACCAUCGACUUGGUUUUUAAGAUCUUCGCCGCCUAAACCACACAGUCCUUUGAGAUUCUCAAACAACGCAACGUUUUGGAACCCUGCGGCGACGGGAAACGCGGGUCAACUUCCUCCUCAUGACGCGUCGUCUAACUUUUUCCCGGCGUUACAACAGCCACCGCAGAUUCACCCGCAGAGUUUUGACCAACAACGACCAAAGUCGCAGAGUAUAUCGGAGAUUAGAGAUUCGAGUAGCAGCGAAGUAAAGAGAGGCGGAGGAGAUCAGCCGGCGGCGAAAAGGGCUAAGAGCGAAGCUGCGUCGCCGUCACCAGCUUUGAAGGUGAGGAAAGAGAAAAUGGGGGACAGAAUCGCUGCGCUCCAACAAUUGGUUUCACCUUUCGGAAAGACUGACGCAGCCUCAGUGCUCUCUGAAGCCAUUGAAUACAUUAAGUUCUUACACCAACAAGUUUCAGCUCUGAGCAACCCAUACAUGAAAAGUGGAGCUUCUUUACAUCAUCAACAGAGUGAUCAUCCCAAAGAGCUAGAAGUAUCAGAAGAACCAGAUCUUAGAAGUCGAGGUUUAUGCUUAGUGCCAGUUUCGAGCACAUUUCCAGUGACACACGAUACUACAGUAGAUUUCUGGACUCCUACAUUUGGUGGUACUUUUAGAUAGAUUGAUAUAUAGAUGAAAAAACUUAUAUAUUAGAUGUUGAUUGACGUAUAUUUUAACAUAUAUAUGCGUUGAUUGCUGAUAAGAAAAUUCACCGAAUUUUAAAUGAUAGAGGGAGAUAAAUUAAUGGA